UAAUUUCUACGUGACGUCAUGGUGUGAAAAAUUGGAACUCAGUAGUAACAACUCGGAAGAAAAUUGUAAGGAAGAUCCCUCUAAUAUGCUUCCCACGCUGCAAAGCUCCCAUAAGGAUGCAAAAGAAAGUAUGGAUAUUUGUCUCUUGGAGAAGGACAGGAGUAGAAGAGGAAGCCAUAAAGAAAAGAAACCAGCUACAAAGAAAACAUGGAGGGGUCGUUUACUACCAACAGAUGAAAAGCCAUGGCGGAAACAAAAAUUUAUUGAUAAAUGGAUGGAAGAUGAUAAAUUCAAAGGGUGGUUAGCCCGCCAUCCUGAAGACCCUACCUUAGCACGAUGUGUGUCCUGUAAUCAAGAACUAGUGGCAGGGAAAAGUGAACUCAUUAAACACUCUCAGACUAGGAAACAUAUAAAAUCACUACAAAAUUUUGACUCAACGAACGUUGAGACAGAAAGUAUCCCUGCAAAAACUAAUCAACCUAUGCUUGUUUGGGUUCUCAAUGACCAAGAAUGCCCAGCUACUACUGAAGUGAAGUAUUUGUCUGGGUUUGGAAGUGAUCUGACUUCUGAAGAUCCAAGGUGUGCAAAUUCAUUACCAUGGGGUCAGAAUAAUCCUCAAGUUUGUCCAUAUGGUUUAUAUGCAGAACAACUCUCUGGUACUGCUUUCACAGCUCCUCGGGAAUUCAACAGAAGAACAUGGUUUUAUCGAAUAAGGCCAUCAGUAGUCCAUUUGCCUUUUAAACCUCUCAACUGUGGUGAUUUGACUCAUGACUGGAAUGAAAAUGACCCUAAUCCCAAUCAAAUGCGGUGGAAACCAUUUGACAUUCCUGAACGAGAGUUGGAACAAGUUGACUUUGUAGAGGGCAUAAAAACAGUUUGUGGAGCUGGUGAUCCCAAAAUAAGGCAUGGAGUUGCAAUUCACAUAUACGUUUGUAAUGUGUCCAUGGAAGACAAGUGUUUUUACAACUCCGAUGGAGACUUUUUAAUAGUGCCACAACAAGGAAGAAUUACUGUUACUACCGAAUUUGGUCGGAUGUACGUUGAACCAAAUGAAAUUUGUGUUAUGCAGCAAGGAAUGAAAUUCAAUGUUGGAGUUGAAGGCCCUAGUCGAGGAUAUAUUCUAGAAGUUUUCGAUGCACAUUUCAAUUUGCCUUAUUUAGGACCUAUUGGUGCAAAUGGAUUGGCUAACCCUAGAGAUUUCUUAACUCCAGUUGCAUUAUAUGAAGACAGAGAAGUUCAUAACUAUACUAUAAUCAACAAGUUCCAAGGACGACUUUUUGCAGCUCAUCAAGGGCAUUCCCCAUUUGAUGUAGUUGCAUGGCAUGGAAAUUAUGUUCCAUAUAAAUACAAUCUGUCUAAUUUUAUGGCUAUCAAUUCUGUUUCUUUUGAUCAUCCAGACCCAUCCAUUUUUACAGUUCUGACAUGUCCAUCUACUCGUCCAGGUAUUGCAGUAGCCGAUUUCAUCAUAUUCCCUCCUCGGUGGGGAGUAGCUGAGGGAACUUUCAGACCGCCUUAUUAUCACAGAAAUUGUAUGAGCGAGUUUAUGGGACUUGUUUUUGGAACUUAUGAAGCUAAGGAAACUGGAUUUCUUCCCGGUGGUGCUACAUUACACAGCAUCAUGACACCUCAUGGCCCAGAUGCAGACUGCUUUCAAAAGGCUUCCACUGUUAAACUUGGUCCAGAGAAAGUGGCUGAAAAUACUAUGGCCUUCAUGUUUGAAACUUCUUUGAGUUUGCGAGUCACUUCUUGGGGAGAAAAGAAUUGCCAGAAGUUAGAUCAUGAAUAUUAUAAAUGCUGGCAAAACCUGAAGAAAAAUUUUGAUCCGAACUGGAAAUCCAACAUUUCGGACAUUGUGUGAUAAAUCGCCUGUAAACUACUGCAAUAACAAUAAGAUCAAAGGACUUAUAAAUAAAGAAAAUAUUGAGAGCUGUUUUUAUUCUUAUGCUUGGAAAACCAAGAAAAGAUUUUAUCUUUACUUGUUGCGCUCUUUUGUUAUUGACGAUUUGUAUAAAAUAAAACUUAUGUAUUUUGAUAAAAA